UCAUGUGGAGGCAAAGGCGAUGGCAGCGAAAAGAGAAAGUUACAAUGCGCGCUUCACCGAGAGGAUCAAGAAGCCGCCGCCGCCGCCGCUACCGCCUGCAGGGGUAAGCGCUAUAGCACCGCCGCUGUGUUCGGAGCUAAAUGUAGCUCGACCAAGCCGCAUAUCUACGACCAAGGCUUUGCAGCUCCAGCGAAGAGAUGGAGCUCUUUUGCUACUGACUACUCCAGAAGAAGAGAAGCUGAAGCGGGAAUGCGCCGGGGAACCGACCCUGCAGCAGGAUCCGGAGUACGGCUAUGUUAAGUCGAUACUAGCGCGCAGCGGGUUUCUUGAGAGCGCAUCGGCGGCUUCUUCCGGAAGCCGCUCGAACCCACAUGUGAUCGACCCAGAUGUCUUUCGUCAGCUCGAGCUCGUGCUCGCCUUCGAUACCGGCGCCCUCCGGUGGCGGUGGAACCGGAAGCUCCUGUUCCACCUCGUCCAGGAGCUCCUCGGCGACCGCGAGACGUGGCAAUGUAAAGCGACCGGCGUUGGCGGCUGCGGAGGAGAGCGGCUGCUGCUGCAGCAGCUGUGGGGAGAGAUCCGGCGCUUCCCCGCGGCGAACUGCCGCGUGCUCGGCGACGUCGACGCCCUCGCGGCGUCCGACCUCCCCCCGGCGUCGGCGGUCCGGCAGCUGCUCCGGCACCCGGCGGUGGCGGCGGAGGCCGACGCCGUCGCGGCCGCCGCGGCCGCUGCCGUCCUCGACAGCCUCCUCGAAGAAACCGCCGGAUCUCUGCUCACGUGACGUCACGUGGCGUCAGCCUUCUGAUCCCGACGGGAACGGCGGGCGCUCGAAUUCAUGAUUGUGUGGAUGUGCGGAACCGCAGGAUGCGUCUGAUCAGUCCAUCACAGGAACGGGAAAAUUGAAGGAAAACGUGGCGCGAUACGACGACCGCAUCGCUUUCCGUGCGCCCACCCUAGAACCUGUGUAACUGUGUUGCGUGUGUAUAUACGUGUUCAACAGGGUUUGGGUACUUAUAUGUUUGUACAAAUCUGAAAAAAAAAA